AUGUUGGGAUUUCUGGAGGGCAAAGCCACGCCAUCUUGGGGAGUUGAUUCGCCCAGUGUUAACCUCGAAUAUGUCAACCGCAAACUCGAAGCUUUUGUCCGCGACCCUUCUCAGUGCCGUCGAAUACUUGUGAUCAAAUCCCCUCGAACUCCUAAGACGCCUCCUUACCCUGAUCCAAUGGUUCCCUCUACUUUCUACCGAACUUGGGCAGAGCACAAAGCUCGAGAAAUGCAGUACCUCGAACCGAAGAUCGAUCAUCGGUCGAGUAUCGACGACCUCGACUAUUGGCGUACAGAGGCCCGAUGCUACAUGUCUUUGCUAGGGGACCUUGCAGAUCUCGAGCGUCAAAAUAUUGAUGAAUGGACGUACUGGAGAACAGAAGCAACUUUUUGGAAGGAGACAUGCUGCACUGACCAGCGCACUGCGGAUCGGUGGCACGUCGAGAACAUACAAUAUUGGAAGACGGAAGUCCUGCACCUAGCAAAGGUGUUCAAGAACAACCCUCAAACCCCAAACAUACGUGAGCAUAUCUACGAUGCGAACUACUGGAAGACGGAGACUUUCCAUUACGAUGACCUGCUCCAAAGGCGACACAACCAGACCUUGGAAGACCAGGUACCGAAAUCAACUCUCCAACAGAACCCAAAUUGUAAGAAAAGAAAACACGAGGACGAUGGAGUGAGGCGUCCUGUAAAUUCGUGGCUAGCGAAGUGGCAUGCCGCACACGGGAAGCCAUCCGGAGACAAUGUAUCCUCUGAAGUGUCUGCAGCAUGCCUCAAAAAGCGACGUAUGGCGAACGCUGGAUAA